AAAGCGGCAAAGCUAACUACUUCACAUACUCAUACAAAACUCACUUUUCUUCACUACUCUCUCUCGCUCUGCAAGGAAGAGAUCUCUCGAGCUUCCAUUGAAAGUAAGGAAUUUUCAUAGGAACGAACAAUCUCUAAGGCCCUCAAGUUUCAAGCUAUGUGAUUGCGAAAUAUUAUUAUUCAAGUAAUUCAAUUGAGCUUCUUCAUUUUCUCGGAGAAGGGAUUGAAAUGACACUUGAUGUUUUUCACUUGUAAUAUCUUAAAAAUUUAUUCGUUUUUUGUCCCUGAUCUUCUAUUUCUAGCUAAGCUCUUUAAACUUUUAUGGUUCUUUUGAUGGUUCAGUUUAACAUUUCAUUAUGUGCUUCAUCUUUGUCUUUUUAGAGUGUUUUUGUUUUUGAGAUUUAAGGCGUUUGCAAUAUGGGAUAUUGAGUAUGUUCUGUUUUUGAGAAGUAGUUGAGCUGUUUGGUUGUUUUUGCAAGUGCUAAUAUGAAUGUGGACAUGAGAAGGAGAACUUGAUUUGGUGUUAGUUUUUCUAUCUGGGCAAAUUGAAGAGACCCAUUUGAUCACAAUCCCAAAAAAUGACUAGGCGAGGCUUACAUUUUAGCAAGUUAUAUUCAUUUUCGUGCUGUAAAUCUUCAUUUAGAGAAGAUCAUGAUCAAAUUGGGCAAAAAGGAUACUCUAGGCUGGUGUAUUGCAAUGGCCCUGAUAAUCCAGAGGCGAUUCAGCUACAUUAUAGGGGGAAUUAUGUAUCAACUACCAAGUAUACAGCGGCUAACUUUAUACCCAAGUCUUUGUUUGAGCAGUUUAGGAGGGUUGCAAAUAUAUAUUUUCUUGUUGUAGCUUGUGUUUCAUUUAGUCCAUUGGCACCCUAUACAGCACUCAGCAUUCUUGCACCUUUGAUAGUAGUGAUUGGAGCUACUAUGGCUAAAGAAGGUUAUGAAGAUUGGAGGCGGAGAAUGCAGGAUAUAGAGGCUAACAAUAGAAAGGUGAAAGUGUAUGGCAAAAAUUAUACUUUUAAUGAGAGCAAAUGGAAAGAUCUCCGAGUUGGAGACCUUGUUAAGGUGUCCAAGGAUGAAUAUUUUCCUGCUGAUCUGCUUCUGCUUUCUUCGAGCUAUGAGGAUGGAAUUUGUUAUGUUGAAACCAUGAAUCUUGAUGGGGAGACUAAUUUAAAGCUGAAGCAUGCUUUGGAGGUGACAUCCUCUCUAAGUGAUGAAGAGUCCUUCAAGAAUUUUGUGGCUGUGGUCAAGUGUGAGGACCCAAAUGAAAAUCUAUAUACCUUUAUUGGAACAUUGCAUUAUAAUGGAACUCAGUACCCACUUUCACCUCAGCAAAUUCUUUUGAGAGAUUCAAAGCUCAAGAACACUGAACAUAUCUAUGGUGUAGUUAUUUUCACUGGGCAUGACACAAAAGUGAUGCAAAAUGCUGUGGAUCCUCCUUCUAAGAGGAGUAAGAUUGAAAGAAAAAUGGACAAGAUCAUUUAUGUACUUUUCAGCACUUUGAUUUCGAUAUCAUUUAUUGGAUCUCUAUUUUUCGGAAUUCAGUCUAGAAGAGAUAUGAGUGAUGGAAAGUAUAGAAGGUGGUAUCUUCGACCAGAUGCCACAACUGUGUUUUAUGACCCUCAAAGAGCAACACUUGCUGCAUUUUUUCAUUUCCUGACAGGACUUAUGUUGUAUGGAUAUUUGAUACCGAUAUCCUUGUAUGUGUCAAUUGAAAUCGUCAAGGUCUUACAGUGCAUUUUCAUUAACCAAGAUCAGGAAAUGUACUACGAGGAAACUGACAGGCCAGCUCAUGCACGAACAUCUAAUUUAAAUGAGGAACUUGGGCAGGUUGACACUAUACUAUCUGAUAAAACAGGUACUUUGACAUGUAACUCAAUGGAGUUUGUCAAAUGUUCAAUAGCAGGGAUUGCUUAUGGUCGUGGAAUGACAGAAGUGGAAAGAGCUCUGGCAGGGAGAAGAAGUGAUGGACCACUGGAAACUGAUGAUAAUUUGUUUGAUCAACCUGAUGAUUAUGGUGAUACGCGUUACUCAGGAAAGCCAAUCAAGGGUUUCAACUUCAGAGAUGAACGUAUAAUGAAUGGUCAUUGGGUUAAUGAGCAGCACUCAGAUGUCAUACAAAAGUUCUUUCAAGUGUUAGCACUUUGUCAUACUGCAGUUCCUGAAAAAGACAAAGAAUCAGGUGAAAUUUUCUAUGAAGCUGAGUCACCAGAUGAAGCAGCCUUUGUAAUAGCUGCAAGGGAGGUUGGCUUUGAGUUGUUUGAAAGAACACAAACAAGCAUCUCAUUGCAUGAGCUGGACCCUGUGACUGGUAAAAGAUUUGAUAGAACAUACAAGCUUCUUCAAGUCUUGGAGUUCAGUAGUUCUCGCAAAAGAAUGUCUGUGAUCGUAAGAAGUGAAGAGAAUGACUUGCUGCUCCUUUCUAAGGGUGCAGACAGUGUAAUGUUUGAAAGGCUUUCAGAAGAUGGGCGGUUGUUUGAGGCAAAGACCAAGGACCAUAUCAAAAAAUAUGCAGAGGCAGGUUUACGCACCUUGGUAGUUGCAUACCGUGAGAUUGGUGAAGAUGAGUACACAAUUUGGGAAACAGAAUUUUCAAAAGCCAAAGCAACAGUAACAGCUGACCGUGAUGCAUUGGUGGACGAAAUUUCUAAUAAAAUUGAAAAGGAUUUAGUUCUUCUUGGUGCCACUGCUGUUGAGGACAAACUGCAAAAGGAGGUUCCAGAGUGUAUUGAAAAGCUUGCACAUGCUGGAAUUAAAAUAUGGGUCUUAACUGGCGACAAGAUGGAAACGGCAAUAAAUAUAGGGUAUGCAUGUAGUCUACUGAGACAGGAAAUGAAGCAGAUAAUUAUCACACUUGACACUCCAGAAAUUGAAGCUUUGGAAAAACAAGGAGAUAAGGAGACUAUUUCUAAGGCUUCUCUUAUAAGUGUGAGGAAGCAACUAAGAGAUGGGAAAUCUCAACUUAAUGCUGCUAAAGAAAGCUCGCUUACAUUUGGUUUAGUGAUUGAUGGAAAGUCUUUAGCUUUUGCACUGGACAAGAGUCUAGAGAAGAAAUUUUUGGAGCUUGCACUUGGCUGUGCUUCUGUUAUAUGCUGUCGGUCUACUCCAAAACAUAAAGCCCUUGUUACAAGGCUGGUGAAAACAGAAACAGGUAAAACAACACUGGCAAUUGGUGAUGGAGCAAAUGAUGUUGGAAUGCUUCAGGAAGCUGAUAUUGGAGUUGGGAUUAGUGGUGUUGAAGGAAUGCAGGCUGUGAUGGCCAGUGAUUUUGCAAUAGCUCAAUUCCGUUUUCUGGAACGUUUGUUGCUGGUACAUGGCCACUGGUGUUACAGGCGAAUAUCAAUGAUGAUAUGCUACUUCUUCUACAAGAAUAUCGCAUUCGGAUUUACUUUAUUUUGGUUCGAGGCCUACACUUCUUUUUCUGGCCAGCCUGCGUACAAUGAUUGGUAUAUGUCAGUCUACAAUGUCUUCUUCACUUCACUUCCUGUAAUUGCUCUCGGUGUUUUCGAUCAGGAUGUCUCUGCAAGGCUUUGCCUAAAGUAUCCAUUGUUAUAUCAAGAGGGAGUACAAAACAUCCUCUUCAGGUGGUCUCGGAUUCUUGGUUGGAUGUGUAAUGGAGUUCUUAGUUCCAUAAUCAUCUUCUUCUUCACCACCAAAUCCAUGAUUAAUCAGGCUUUCCGACAAGAUGGUCAAGUGGUAGACUACGAGAUCCUCGGGGCCACAAUGUAUACAUGCGUAGUGUGGGCCGUAAAUUGCCAAAUGGCAUUGUCCAUCAACUACUUCACUUGGAUCCAGCACUUGUUCAUCUGGGGAAGCAUAGCCCUAUGGUACCUAUUUUUGGUGAUAUAUGGUUCCAUUUCACCUAUUCUAUCUACAACAGCUUAUAGGGUUCUGGUGGAAGCCUGUUCUCCAAGCCCUCUCUAUUGGAUUGUUACUCUUCUUCUUGUCAUUUCCACCCUGCUACCAUACUUUUCCUACAGGGCAUUUCAGUCUCGAUUCCGACCAAUGUACCACGACAUAAUACAGAUUCGCCGAUCAGAAGGCUCAGAAACUGAAAUGUCAGGCGAGUUGCCGACUCCUACCAGGAGGAAAAUACAUCACCUCAGGGAAAAACUAAAGAAAAGGAACAAACAGAAAGAACCUGUACAUUGACCUUUGUGAGUUUAAGUAAUGUGAAUGCAGGGCUUAUAGAUCAUCUCCUUGUACAUUAGCUGGUUAGCAGUGUAAAAUUUGAUAAUGUCAAUAUUGCUUCAGCAUGGGAAGGUAGUUUAGCCUGCUGGAAUAAAUUGUAUUUAAUUAUGAAAUUCAGAAUUUUUUUUUUA